UCCGUCCCUCCGUCCGUCCGUCCGUCCCGCCCGCCGCCAUGGAGGCCCCGGGAGCAGCGCGGCCGGCGGCCCUCGACGCCCUGGGCGCCCUGGACGCCGUCUCCUCCGCGCUCAACGGCAGCCUCCGCUUCUACCGCUGGACCUGGACCAUCGCAGACAAGCGUGUUGAGAAUUGGCCUCUGAUGCAGUCUCCGCUCCCUACCCUCACGAUAAGCACCCUCUAUCUCCUCUUCGUUUGGCUCGGUCCAAAAUGGAUGAAGAAUAAAGAACCUUUCCAGAUGCGAUUGGUGCUGAUUUUAUACAAUUUUGGCAUGGUUUUGCUUAACCUUUUUAUUUUCAAAGAGCUAUUCCUAGGAUCAUAUGCUGCAGGAUACAGUUACAUUUGUCAGAGCGUGGAUUAUUCAAAUAACGUUCACGAAGUCAGGAUAGCCGCUGCUCUCUGGUGGUACUUCGUGUCUAAAGGAAUUGAAUAUUUCGACACGGUCUUCUUCAUCCUGAGAAAGAAAAACAACCAGGUCUCUUUCCUCCAUGUGUACCACCACUGCACCAUGUUUACAUUGUGGUGGAUUGGUAUUAAGUGGGUGGCAGGGGGACAAGCAUUCUUCGGCGCUCAGUUGAAUUCCUUUAUCCACGUGAUCAUGUAUUCUUAUUACGCACUAGCUGCCCUGGGACCACAGAUUCAGAAGUAUCUGUGGUGGAAGCGUUACUUGACCAUGUUGCAGCUGGUUCAGUUCCACGUAACCAUUGGACACACCGCCAUGUCCCUCUAUACUAAUUGUCCCUUCCCAAGAUGGAUGCACUGGGCACUCAUCGUCUAUGCCAUCAGCUUCAUUUUCCUCUUCCUCAACUUCUACUAUCAGACCUACAAUCAGCCCAAAAGAUCAGCAAAGACUGGGAAAACCGCAGUGAACGGCAUUACCACUAAUGGCGUAAGCAAGUCGGAGAGUCAGUCAGUGGUGGAGAAUGGAAAAAAGAAGAAAAACGGCAAAGCAAAAGGAGAGUAACUCAAUCCGGGCCUUAACUGUUGGUGGCAGUGAGGAAACUCCCAUUUGGUAAAAAAAAAAAAAAAAAAAAAAUCAGGGAAACAAAUAAAGAAAUAUGGUUUUGGGGGGGGAGAAAAGACAAAUAUUUUCUCUGCAACAGUUAACCUGUAGAUUAACUGAAGUAUUACUUAGGCCACCCAGAUGCUUUCACUUAUUUAUGAAAAUCAUUUUGAACAAGAAAACGUCCAAUUAACUUUGGCUUUGUCUGGGUUAAAUAAUCGGUCGAUGGUAUUUAUUGAGCGCUGGCUAUGUGCAGGGAACUGUACGAAGCACUUAAGGCAGUUGUCCUAUUAUUUGGAAGAUUAGCUCAGACCCAAGACUGUUCAUACUGGAACAGUGGCGAUUUUCAGAGAAUUUUCACCAGUGCUCAUUUGCGCAUGUGAAAUUCCUUUCAGAGGUGUUGUUUUGUGUGAGUGUGUGUGUGUGUGUGUCUGUGUGUGUGUGUUAAUCUGACAUUUUGGCUGGAUUGUCAUCCUCAUGAACCACUCUUUAUUCCGGCAAAUUACCACUUAUUUGUUCUGGCCAAUUCACUUGCAACUUUCCGGUUGAAGCUGUGAAAACGGACCAGAGAGCUGUUCGUGUGCAGAUCUACCUACCUGGUUGAGGUUUCCCUUAGCUAGACCGAACACUCCCCUUUCUCAUUUAAUUAGGAAUGAACAAUUUAGUGAUCUCUCCAAACGCUUGGACAGCGGGCGUCGGCGAGGGUCCGAGAAGAUUACAAGAGAAUAUCACGUUUUAGCAGUCUGGAGGUUUGUAUAGCCAGUGGCGCAAAUGAUUGUUUGGUUAAAAACAUCUUUAUGAGGGGAAAAAGUAGCCUUGAAUCCUUUUUUGGUCAGAAGUAGGUUAUGAAAAAUUACAAUUGUCCAAUCAGAACAGGAACCGUCUCUUGUCUUCACUAGUUACAUCGUGAGAUGGAGUUCCGUUUACAAUAAAAUUCCCUUGGUUGUAUUACCUGCAUCGUGAGCUACAGUUACGUUUAUUUGCUAUUUAACAGAGUAGGCUGAUUUUUUUUUUUUUAAUCAGGCUUGCCUUGUUUUGAUUUAAGUCUCUGUUACGGAUUUUAUGUGGACAUCUACCUACCUCUUCUAUUGACAAGAACAUUUAACAUUAAAUGAUAAUUUACAAAGCAAGGAAGCCUCCAAUAUAAAAUGUCAAUUUCUAUGAAUUAAAAAUCAAUCACCCACUUUGUUUUUAUGAAUAGUACCCAUUACAUGUAUUUUUUUUUAAAUGACCCUUUUCUCCCCUCAAAAGAAAUUUAAUUUGGGCAUGUUUUUACUGUGACAAAGUAGAGAAAUCGUAUUUAUUAAUGUGAUGUGAAGUCCAAGCCUCUUCUGGUGCAAUAUUGUGACUCCUCGGUGCUGGAUUGCGUUAAACUCACAAUACCUGCUGUAAGGUAUUACUGUUAUGACACUCCGUACACUUAAUAAAGUUAAGGUGAGGGUAGUGAGAAUGGUAAAACUAAGUUUGGCUCCUGCUAAGGCGGUGAUAGUGUAGCCUAACGAGUGGGAAGCCAAAAAUUCACAGGGGAAGAGAGUUUAAGCUCUAGCUGCUUUCUUAUGUAUAUCGCUGGUUGCUAGAGAAAUGAUUCCAUUUGGAGGUUUCGGGUCAGAGAUGAUUAAUUAGUACCAUCCAAGUGGAAAUGCACCCCACUUGACACAUUCAAGCAUGAAUAAUAUCCUAAAAACCCUAUUCACUUAUAAAAACUACAUGAGGGAUGUACUCUCCGUGACUGUGGCGGGUAAGCAGAUUUCAUCAGUGUUUCGUAAACAGUAAAUUAUUGUGUGUCAAAAUGAGGCGUCUGGUUUUUUGGUGUUUUUUUUUCCCCACACAGCUCUUCAGCUGAUGGGUUUGUAAGGAAUUUGCUACCGGGGUUCAUCAGGUUAUAGCAAUCUGUCUGUAGUUGUCCUUCCUAGUCUAUGAGGAUGCUAAUGAUAGUGCAAUUUACCCAAGGAGGUGACUGAAAAGGCUGAUGGGAGAUUGACAGUCUUGAUCGCACAAGGACACUGAAAGACUAUCCCCUUAUUUUGCGCUGAUGACCGUAUCAGGUUAUAUAGUCUCAAACGAUUCACUUUAUUUUGGUUUCGCUUCUUUGUUCUGUGACGACCAUGGACCUGUAAUCUCUGUAAACAUUCUGUAUCGGUUCCCUGCCCUUCAUUCCUUGCCUUUUGAAUUAUGCACAAUAAACACAGUAUGUCCCUAC